GUAAUACACAUGUACGAUCAGAAAAGUCGGGAUACGUCAGGCGUUAAAUGCGGAUUGCUCGACAUUGGAAAACUUUUUACGCUGACCGAUCUUCGUAAUCGCUUCAACGGCAAUGUAAGUAGCAUUCUCAAAAAAAAAACUGUUUUUUAAAAAAGGUCAUUUUGCAUCAUUACAGAGACUUUGUAUAUUUCUGGUACAAGUUAAUGGUUUGACAAAAUAUAUUCCCAAAAUAUUGCCAGCCCUGCGUUAAAAAAAAGAAAAUAUCAAAUAUGCAUUAUUAUCAUUAUUAUUAUUAUUAUUAUUAUUAUACACACUAUAUAUAUUUACAUCACACACAACUUAUUAUAUCGCCACUCUACCAAAAGAAAAAAACAGUGGUUACGUGUCAAUAACUAUAGAUAGUGGAUGUUUGUUUUCCAAUAUAUUGUUCUGCGCUAUUGCACAGGUUGGUGUGUCAAUGUAGAAAUAUAGAUUGCAAUGGCAAGUAAGCACCAAACUGGUCAUUCUAGUCUGUCAGAUUAGGAACUCUCAGGCUUAUUGUGUCUAGUCCUUCAACAGAGCAGCUCGAUGCACACCCUAGACAUUCUUCAAUCCAAAAUUACAGUAGUAGGCGAAAUAUUGAAGACUUGUUUCUCUGGGAUGAUUGAUCAGUUAAUGAAUUAUUGAAUAUUCUUAUUUGCACAGGCUUUGAAAAGUAAAAACUAAAUGAAGAUCUUCUAACUUGCAAUUUGCUUAUAAAAUUUAUUUAUUUUUUUUAAAUGAAUGUGUGCACCUUUAUUUGAAUUUAGUGAAAUCCCCACUUAUCUGUCAAUGUUGGGAAAAAAACAAGUUUUUAAUUGUUUCAGUCUGGUUUUCAAUAUGUUGUAGAAUACAGUAGUAGAAUGUAGUAGAAUGUAAAUAUGCAUUCAUUGUUUAGCAAAUGAAUGCAUAUUUAAAAUGUUCAAGCUUUAUUUAAUACAAUGGGGAGUGGUGCAUUUGCACAAUCAGUUUAAAUUCUCUUCAUUCCUUUGCUAAUUAAGAGGUUAAUCCACAGAGGGCUAUUCGAUAUAAUUUACCUGGAUGGUAGUAACAUAUGGACAGCCUGACUGUCACUAUAGGGUUAAUAUGUAUAAUAAAGUGUUGAUAACGAUUACCAUAUUUACCCUUUAAUAUGGGGCGUCUAUAAAAAUAAAAGCUCCAAAAAACACACCCAGAUUAAGACUGCGUUUUAUUGUAAAUUUUCCAUUACUGAUUUAUCCCCAUAGGGUGGGUCGGAAAGACAUAUUACCUCCCCCCCUCCCCAUCCUGCUUUUAAAAUGUUUAUAAUUUGGUCAAUUUUUAACACCAACGCUGGGAAAAAAACUGCUGCAAAAUAGAAGGGAGUGAAACGGAUUUGGCUUAUUUAACAUGAAGCAAAAGCAUACUGAUUUCCAAGAGGUUCUGCAGGGGCUGUGAGCUAUCUGCAUCCUACGUCACCACUGAUAAUACGUUCAACAUAGGUGGGCUGCUAAGUAUUUCGAUUGAUAUUAGUGGUCUGGACCCGGAUGAGACUGAUCAUUUUUUCCUUGGGUCACAACCAGUACAAAUAUGACCCUCAUAUUUUAUCUUCCAAAAUGUCACGUCACUGGGGUUACAAGCUGCGCCAUAUUUUGGGUUCAGGGUGAUGUGCAGGACAUGAAAAGUCCUACCCUGCAGUAUGUAGAACGCAUAUGCCACAGAAAGAAAACAAAUUAACUAAUCAAAUAAUACUGUCACAGGGCACUCCUCAUGAAUGCGUCAGAAUCAUGGUUUUCCUGCGAAAUGCACGGGUUCAAUAAGUCUUUAGUUAGAAAUGGAAAAUUUUAAUGUUUAAAGGGUUCAAAUGUUAGAGGGUUGGAAUCUUUUGAGCAUGCAAGUAUUUUCGGGUUUAAAAGUGCCCUCCAUUCCAGACUUCAUAGACAAAAAAAAAAACAGGAUUUUGAAAAAAACUAAACUUUUUUUAUGUUUUUUGGUUAAUAAGAGUCGUGACCUCCUGAGAUCGUUGUCUGGCUGCACACAUUAGCUGUCGUCGUCAGAUGUAGUAAUUGGAUUCCUUUAUGCUGGAGAAUAAAACAGACGGACUUAGCUUAUAAAAGCACCGUCACCAGAGUUCUCUCAGAGGAGAACCUCUCAAAACAGAGCCGGAGAGACGAGUUAACUCCUUCACAACAAGAUUCUUUUUGAUUUAAAGUUGGCAUAAUGUCAUGAUCAGGUCAGGUAGGAGACGAUUGCCAGGGUUAACACUAGGAUCUUUAUUUUAUAGAAUAAGCAGGAUCUCCGAUAACUGAAGUUACAGGUAGAAACCAGGCUAUGUAAUAAAGGGUUUAGACAAUAAGCCCCAGAGUGGGUAUAAAGUAACAGGUAAACCUAUAAAAGAAAUUAGAGGUAGGAGAUUGAAGAAGAACCUAUGAGAGACAUUAUAGGGGAGUAUAUUGAAGGUAAACAGAAAACAGGAGUUAGGCAAUAUGCCCCAGAACAGGAUAUAAAGAGACAGAGAAACCUAUAAGUGACAUGGGUAAAGCAAGAGAAGGAAAACGUAUUAUUGAAAUAAUAGGUUGCUGGUAGACAAGUUACAAAUAAACAAUAAGAUUUCAAGAUUACAAGACAAAGGAGAACUUUAGUUAAUAAACCCCAUAUUAGAAGGAGUAUUGAUCAAGCAGGAAAAUAACACCAUGUAAUAUUACUUUGAGGCAGAGUCCAGAUUGGUGUUAUGCAGGUAGGUAUGGAGCAGAUAAGUUGUAUGGAUCAGGCUGGUAGAAAUCAGGUAGGUAAGAUAAAGCGUAGUUCGGGCUGAUAUUGAGCAGGGUUGGUAGUAAGCAGGAUUGAGGAGUAGUUCAGGCUGGUAUUCAGCAGGGUUGGUAGUAAGCAGGAUUGAGGAGUAGUUCAGGCUGGUAUUGAGCAGGGUUGUAGUAAGCAGGAUUGAGGAGUAGUUCAGGCUGGUAUUGGCUGAGGAGUAGUUCAGGCUGGUAUUGAGAGGGUUGGUAGUAAGCAGGAUUGAGGAGUAGUUCAGGCUGGUAUUGAGCAGGGUUGGUAGUAAGCAGGAUUGAGGAGUAGUUCGGGCUGGUAUUGAGCAGGGUUGGUAGUAAGCAGGAUUGAGGAGUAGUUCGGGCUGGUAUUGAGCAGGGUUGGUAGUAAGCGGGAUUGAGGAGUAGUUCAGGCUGGUAUUGAGGAGGGUUGGUAGUAAGCAGGAUUGAGGAGUAGUUCAGGCUGGUAUUGAGCAGGGUUGGUAGUAAGCAGGAUUGAGGAGUAGUUCAGGCUGGUAUUGAGCAGGGUUGGUAGUAAGCAGGAUUGAGGAGUAGUUCAGGCUGGUAUUGAGCAGGGUUUGGUAGUAAGCAGGAUUGAGGAGUAGUUCAGGCUGGUAUUGAGGAGGGUUGGUAGUAAGCAGGAUUGAGGAGUAGUUCAGGCUGGUAUUGAGCAGGGUUGGUAGUAAGCAGGAUUGAGGAGUAGUUCAGGCUGGUAUUGAGCAGGUUUGGUAGUAAGCAGGAUUGAGGAGUAGUUCAGGCUGGUAUUGAGCAGGGUUGGUAGUAAGCAGGAUUGAGGAGUAGUUCAGGCUGGUAUUGAGCAGGGUUGGUAGUAAGCAGGAUUGAGGAGUAGUUCAGGCUGGUAUUGAGCAUAGUUGGAAGUAAGCAAGAUUGAGGAGUGGUUCAGGCUGGUAUUGAGCAGGUUUGGAAGGAGCAGGAUUGUGGAGUAGUUCAGGCUGGUAUUGAGGAGGUUGGUAGUAAGCAGGAUUGAGGAGUAGUUCAGGCUGGUAUUGAGCAGGUUUGGUAGUAAGCGGGAUUGAGGAGUAGUUCGGGCUGGUAUUGAGCAGGGUUGGUAGUAAGCAGGAUUGAGGAGUAGUUCGGGCUGGUAUUGAGCAGGGUUGGUAGUAAGCAGGAUUGAGGAGUAGUUCAGGCUGGUAUUGAGCAGGUUUGAAGUAAGCAGGAUUGAGGAGUAGUUCAGGCUGGUAUUGAGCAGGUUUGGUAGUAAGCAGGAUUGAGGAGUAGUUCAGGCUGGUAUUCAGCAGGUUUGGUAGUAAGCAGGAUUGAGGAGUAGUUCAGGCUGGUAUUGAGCAGGGUAGUAAGCAGGAUUGAGGAGUAGUUCAGGCUGGUAUUGAGCAGGUUUGGUAGUAAGCAGGAUUGAGGAGUAGUUCAGGCUGGUAUUGAGCAGGUUUGGUUAAGCAGGAUUAGUAAGCAGAGAUUGAGGAGUAGUUCAGGCUGGUAUUGAGCAGGUUUGGUAGUAAGCAGGAUUGAGGAGUAGUUCAGGCUGGUAUUGAGCAGGUUUGGUAGUAAGCAGGAUUGAGGAGUAGUUCAGGCUGGUAUUGAGCAUAGUUGGAAGUAAGCAAGAUUGAGGAGUGGUUCAGGCUGGUAUUGAGCAGGUUUGGAAGAAAGCAGGAUUGAGGAGUAGUUCAGGCUGGUAUUGAGCAGGUUUGGUAUUAAGCAGGAUUCAGGAGUAGUUCAGGCUGGUAUUGAGCAGGUUUGGUAGUAAGCGGGAUUGAGGAGUAGUUUGGGCUGGUAUUGAGCAGGGUUGGUAGUAAGCAGGAUUGAGGAGUAGUUCAGGCUGGUAUUGAGCAGGUUUGGAAGUAAGCAGGAUUGAGGAGUAGUUCAGGCUGGUAUUGAGCAGGUUUGGUAGUAAGCGGGAUUGAGGAGUAGUUCGGGCUGGUAUUGAGCAGGGUUGGUAGUAAGCAGGAUUGAGGAGUAGUUCGGGCUGGUAUUGAGCAGGGUUGGUAGUAAGCAGGAUUGAGGAGUAGUUCAGGCUGGUAUUGAGCAGGUUUGGAAGUAAGCAGGAUUGAGGAGUAGUUCAGGCUGGUAUUGAGCAGGUUUCGAAGUAAGCAGGAUUGAGGAGUAGUUCAGGUUCGGUAGUAAGCAGGAUUGUAGCAAAGGUAAGUCCAGGGGUUGGUUCACAGGAGCCAGGAUCUGAAGUGUUUCAGGCAAAUCAAAAAUUUUUAUGCAAAUGCCCAAUAUUGAGCUGGUUGUGGCCUUUUGUAGCUGAAGUAAUCAACCCAGGCAGGUGAGGUAGAGAUGGAAAUCUCAGUGCUAGUGGUUAGGGAGGUCACUAGAGGCCAAUAUUAGUCACUGCAUAAACGAAUUUAAGAAAAAUCAAUAAAGGUCAGAAUUUAGAUUUUUGGAUCCUGACACAUAACUUUUAUUUGAAACGUGAAAGGAUUUUUUUAGUUAUUUACUAAAAUAUUGAGGAGUGUAUAGUGUCUAUAUGGUUUCUUUACCUUGCAAUAUUUCAUAAUAUCUCAUACUGUUUCAUAAUAUUUCAGGAUCUAAAAUUGAGCAACAACAUGUUUUUUUGUUACUUAAAGUAUUUGGGACAUAUAUAGUGUGACGGAACGCCGUCACUAAGUACUAUGCCCACUGCUUAUUUGUGUGUUUUUCCCUUUGUGUUAUGUGUUCCCACUUGUAUUUUGUGUACUGUGCCUAUUUCCCCAUUCGGGAGCGCUCAUACGAACGGAACCCAUUCAUCUCCCGAACAAGGACCACCCUGGUACCCCAUUAGAAUGUUCACACCAAUCAAUCAGAACAUUCACACCUGCAAUGUAAGAGUGAAACCGCAAGUAAUCCCGAAAAGAGACGCUUCCUGUGGCGGAACCGCUGCCUGUUCGAGGGUUUUCUUUCUCUUUACAUUUGUUUCCCCUGUAUUUUCGUUUAUUGUUCUCACACCCCAUUCAGGAGGGUUUCCCCGAUGGAAUUCAUUCACCUCCCGAACGGGGACCACCCCAAUAACUAAUUUAGAAUGUUUGCUUACAAUGUUCACACCUCGAAACAUAAGUGUCAAAACCACAAACCACAAGGGAAACAAUUAAUGAGUGCUUCUCUGGGUGGCCAUCAUUUGUACAGACCACCAGGGAGAGCAUUCCUGGAUUGUUUCCUGACUCGUUCAUCUCCCGAACAAGGACCUCCCCAGUGCCCCAUUAGAACGUUCACACCAAUUGAUCAGAAUGUUCGCACUCGCAACAUAGGUGUCAAACCGCAAGGGAAGUAAUUAAUGGGUGCUCCUCUGGGUGGCUGCCAUUUGUAUAGACGAAUGCCAGCCAGGGGAACAUUCAUACCCCAACAGGAGACAUUUCCCUUGUCUGGUUUUUACACUAAGACUUCGCGAACGAAGACUAGUCGAUCGAGGGACCGAGGCAAGGGUCCCUGCGAUUGGUGUGGGCAAUUUUGGGGCACUGGUGAGUUUGUUGGGCUCUCCUGAGCCUGAUGGACAAAGAGACCAGCUCUUUUCCCGCAGGUGGGCUUUUCAGUGCCUGGGAGAUAAAGGGACGGUUCCUUUUUCCCGUGCCUAGACUCCCCUGCACAGAGCACUUGGGAAGAAGACCCCUGGCGGUUGGUGUGGGGAACCUUGUGGAUUUAGUGGUGGGCUUCAGGGACAAAGGGUUCAGAUGCGUGCUAGACCCCUUACAUGGGGUUAUGCAUAAAAGCCGUGUGUGGCCAAUAAAACUGUGUUGUACCUCCAGGACUGUGUGUCGUCCAGUUACUGGGGGGAAAUGGGUCUCCUUAUUCUCUAACUGGUUCCCGACCGGCUGAAGGAAGGGAAUUAGCAGAGGUAACUAAUCGGGUUACCCCCGGUCCGCUACACUUCCCUUGCAGGGUCUUCACACCGGGACUCCAUGAAUAGGUGCCUGAGGUCGGUGGGGACACUGGUGGGGUACUGGCAGUUCGGAUCGCCCUACCUGCUCCUAACGGAUCUAUAAUCACUGUUCUCCCUACUCGGGAGCUACGAGGCCAGGCUCGUAGCUGCCCAGGGUGCGCUCUCCCCGGGGCUACCUAAGUGGAGGUAGCCACCAGAGAGAGGCGUGAUCCCCAGCGGAAACCCUGGAGCUGUUAGUCGGCUUCAUGGCCGCAGAGUCCCGCUGCCUGGAAGUCCGUGCCGUUUGCGCCAUUUUCUUGAUAGGUCGGCACGAAUGAGCGCUGAUUCGUCGCUGCGGGGCUCAGACGAUCAAUAAGAGAAAAAAAAACGUCCAUUCAAACGGGUUUCGCUUCCUUUCUCCUGGUUGGGUGGUGAAACCCUCUCCUCCCUGAGCACUAAUAGGUGAUUUGGUUCACGCCCUUUUUCCAGAUUGGCUGUCGUUUGGUUUAGGCGUGAAGUUUAAAUCCAUCGGACUAAACCAAGCAACGCUGUGGAACUAACUUCGGGGAUGUACAGAGCCUCGAGCCCAGACUUUGUACAAUGGUUUCUUGGGUUCUGUACUUGCGAUAGCCCCACUAUUUGCAGGGACCCUAGUUGAGACCCGGGGAUAUCCAGUGAUAUGUGUUUUACCUGUGUGGCCCCUUCCCUUCCCAGGGCGCAGAGCCCCUUAGCUUUCCCCCCCAUGUGUAAUAUGUUUUAAUGUAUGUCACUGUGUCCUGUUGGUAUGUCCCAGAGCAGGAGAUGGUUAUCUGCCUGGGACAAAAGAAAGUGUACUGAAAGAGUGGAGACCCUGUGUGGGGGUCUGUGUGUAAAAUGAAGCUGUACCAAUAAAGGAUUGUCAGAGUUGUACCUCCAGAACUGUGUCUUGUCCAGUUACUGGGGGGAAGAAAGGGUUAAUCACUGUGUUAGCAGUUCCAGGGUAUAGAGGAUGCAGUGGGGAAAACCCUUGUAAGGACUGAGUAGCUCCCAGGACUGUUUGCCGUCCAGCCCCUGGGGUGAACAGAGCUAGUUCCCCUAUCCAGCCACAGCUACGAAGCAGACCCUUGGCGGAGGUGCCCGGCUGGGGUACAGGGAGCUCUAUCACAUAUAAAUAAAUAAAAAUGGUUAAAUAUCUGUGCCAAGAAAGUUUAGUAGGAACCUAGUUGCAGAUCAGUAAAAUAGCUUCCCAAAAAUGACACCAAAAAGUAAAUUUACACCAAGUUACUGUACAAUGCAGGAGAUUAAAGAUUGCCAUUGAAGACUGAAUAGAAUCCAUGUGCUAUUUUCCGAUACCCUCAUUUCUUUCCCUUGAUCUAAGUUGCAGUACAGUUCAUGACAAUAUUUACACUUUGUCUGCACAUAUGCAGAGCAAAAUAAUGGAAUCCAGUCAGAAAAGGUGUUCCCCUGUGAGCUGACAACCAUCACAGGAUCAGAGAAUUUGGUUGGGGCAAAUAGGUCAACUCUAAGGGUUUAUUCACUUCCAUGAGAACUAACGCAAAUAUUGAAAUUUUAAAAGGGGCAUUGUAGACAUCAGAGCAGGAUUAACAAAAAGGCGACUCUAGGUGGUACAGGUUUCGCAUCUCCAGACCACAAACCGGCACACUGGAGAAGGGAAACUAUGCUAUCAUCAGAUUUCAACAAGGCCGAGAUCGCCAGGCAUUCAUGGCGGCCGUGCGCAGUAAGUCUCCUUUCAACUUUGAAGGACACUCCCUGACCUUCUACCCUGAUCUGUCCAAGGCCACCAUGGACUGGAGACGAUCCCUGCGACCCCUGACUACAGAACUCAUGGCACAUAAUAUACCCUAUCGCUGGGGCACACCCAGAACCCUGAUUAUACCCAGAGACAUUGGUAAUCUAAAAUUACACGAAGCUACCGAAAUACCUGACAUCCUGCAGCAGCUCGCGCUAGAAAGGCAAGCACCGGGUCAAGCUGAUUCUAACAAGCCAAAGACAACUACAGCCUGGAACCCUACCACAGUGCGACUCUUUGUACCAGCAGCCCAAUGAGGGGGAAAAGCGUCUACUUCAGUGCCAUGAACUCCCUGACAUAUGGCCUUAAUGUCGGGCUCUAAACUCCAGCCUCUAUAAGUGUCGUUACACUUUUAUGUUUUAAGUUUUAAGUUUGAUUGUUGCCCACUACCUUUGGCAUAUUUGCAUGUCCUCUCGAUUGCUAUAUGCAUAAAUUACAUCACUUCUACCUGUUCUCCCUCCCAACUCCCACUUAUAUCCCACGGAAAAAACAGAUGAUAUUACCGACCUAGGUGUCUGUGAAAGGGGAUGCAAGCCUCUCUAACCCGAGCCUAGUGCAACAGCCCAGGUUUAACCCAGUGAUCACAGAGGCAACUGUUGCGCCCUGCCCCAUAAGCACUAAGAGCAUACUCACCCUGUAUCACUUAAGCAGGUGCUGCACGCUAGACAUAUAACUGCCCAUAACUUGUCAUAGUCACCCUAACAACAUAAGAUAAAAAAUGUGCUGUGUUACUGAUGCCAACAACUGUAUACCUUUGUCUGACAGAAACUACUUGCACCAGCUGUUGUGGCUAAGCAAGAAUGUAUGUACCAACUAUGCACAAGCAUAGAAUGUGACGGCAGAUAACCAUUCGGCCCAUCUAGUCUGCCGAAUUUUCUAAAUACUUUCAUUAGUCCCUGGCCUUAUCUUAUAGUUAGGAUAGCCUUAUGCCUAUCCCACGCAUGCUUAAACUCCUUUACUGUGUUAACCUCUACCACUUCAGCUGGAAGGCUAUUCCAUGCAUCCACUACCCUCUCAGUAAAGUAAUACUUCUUGAUAUUAUUUUUAAACCUUUGUCCCUCUAAUUUAAGACUAUGUCCUCUUGUUGUGGUAGUUUUUCUUCUUUUAAAUAUAGUCUCCUCCUUUACUGUGUUGAUUCCCUUUAUGUAUUUAAAUGUUUCUAUCAUAUCCCCCCUGUCUCGUCUUUCCUCCAAGCUAUACAUGUUAAGAUCCUUUAACCUUUCCUGGUAAGUUUUAUCCUGCAAUCCAUGAACCAUGCAAUCCAUACUUUCCCCAUUACUGAAGUAAGGCUUACUGGCCUAUAGUUGCCCGACUCCUCCCUACUACCUUUCUUGUGAAUGGGCACAAUAUUCACUAACUUCCAAUCUUCUGGGACUACUCCUGUUAACAAUGAUUGGUUAAAUAAAUCUGUUAAUGGUUUUGCUAGUACACCACUGCUAGUACACCACUGCUCUUUUAAUAGCUUUGGGUGUAUUCCAUCAGGCCCCAUUGACUUAUUUGUCUUUACUUUGACAGUUGAAAUAGAACCUCUUCCUCUGUAAACUCACAUGUAACACAGAUGACUUAUUUGUCAUUUUUCCUAACUGAGGCUCCUUUCCUUCAUUUUCAUCUGUAAAUACUGAACAAAAAUAUUCAUUGACGCAGUCAGCUAGACCUUUAUCCUCUUCUACAUACCUUCUUUUUUUUGUUUUUAGUCUAACUAAUCCUUGUUUUACUUUCCUUUUCUCACUUAUGUAUCUAAAAAUGUUUUAUCCCCCUUUUUUACUAACUGUGCUAUUUUCUCUUCUGUGUGUGAUUUGGAAGCUCUUAUAACUUGCUUAGCCUCUUUCUGCCUAAUCUUAUAGAUCAUUCUGUCUUCCUCACUCUGUUUUUUUUUUUAUAAUUCCUAAAUGCUAACUUGCCCACAGACCAGUUUCUAAUGAUCCUGUAUGGGUUCUAUGAGUCCAGGGCUUUUUACCCAGUUCAAGUAAAACCAUAAUUAAAGACAAGAUUGUCAGGUAAUUGAGCUGUGACAGAAUAAUACAUGUGUCCUGUCUUCAUUAUAUUAACAUUAGGCAAAAUGGCAAUUAGUGGCUUCCGUUUCAGAAGCGCUAUGCACUUACAAUGCAAAAAGAGAGGCUUACAUCUGUCCACUCUAGAGAGCAUCAAGCAGAUAAAACACAUUUAAAUAUGUUGUAAAUAAGUAGUCAAAAGGCCCAUUAAUGCAUCUGCAUAAUUACAGAUCACACUGAUCACAUUAAAAGUCUUAACACUAAUCAAUACACAAUCAAGGAAAACUGUCUAGAUGUUGAAUACUUUGGGCACCAUAACAACUUCAUCGCAAUAAAUUGUUACAGUAUGAGAAGUUCCCAAGCACCAUUUUGUUUUCAGGCAUAACCUUGAGACUGACGCGCGGUCGCCAUUUUAGAUGUGGGCAAGUUCCGUCUGAGGUUGCUCAGUUGGUGGGCAAAUCGAGAUGGAAAGCCAAGCAGGGUUUGGAUUUCUCCCUGUGAAAUUGUCAGGACAAGGUCCUGGUUAUAUUUGGCCCUAACACAAAGAUGCUUAAGAUGGUGGAGUCUGGUGGUACCCCCAUACCAGUCCUCAGGGACUGGAUGCAAUGAACCAUCUGCCUAAUAGGCAACCAUCACAGCUUUGGCAACUGAAAGACGCCAAGAUAGACAUAGUCUAUCUUGCUAAAGAUAGAACCGAAACUAGUAAACCUGGCUUAUUCAGAACCUGGUCCAUAAGUGAAAGGUCUUCUGUUUGGAGAUAAUUUUGUUAAGGAGCUUGGUUCCUAUGUGAGCACAUUCAAGGCUUUGGACAAAGCACGGUUAAAUAGGAAAAAAGUGUUUAACCCCGAGGUUUUUGGCAGGGCCAGCAGAAAUGAAGGCCUCUGACCAGUCAUUCCUAUAGAGGCUCGUUUCGUGCAGCUUUGGACUAGGAAGCAAAUCUAGUGUCUAUCUGAGUGACUGCCACUUGAGGUGUUGCUAGGCAGCAAUGUAAACACUGCCUUUUUCUCUGGGACAGGCUACAGGCACCAGAACCACAGCAUUAAGCUGUAGAAAUAAUAAUCAAAUAGAUAGAUAAUCAAACAUUCGCCUUUAAUAAAAUGAUGACUUUACAUCAUGUUAAUAGUAAAUCUGGCCAUUUAAAGGACCACUAUAGUGCCAGGAAAACAUAUUCGUUUUCCUGGCACUAUAGUGCCCUGAGGGUGCCCCCACCCUCAGGGACCCCCUCCCGCCCGGCUCUGGAAGGGGGAAAGGGGUAAUAACUUACCUUUUUCCAGCGCUGGGCGGAGAGCUCUCCUCUCCGCCUCCGUUACGCCCCGCCGGCUGAAUGCGCACGCGCGGCAAGAGCUGCGCGCGCAUUCAGCCCGUCGCAUAGGAAAGCAUUUACAAUGCUUUCCUAUGGACGCUGGCGUGCUCUCACUGUGAAAAAUCACAGUGAGAAGCACGCAAGCGCCUCUAGUGGCUGUCAAUGAGACAGCCACUAGAGGAUUAGGGGGAAGGCUUAACCCAUUCAUAAUUAUAGCAGUUUCUCUGGAACUGCUAUAAUUAUGAAAAAAUGGGUUAACCCUAGAAGGACCUGGCACCCAGACCACUUCAUUAAGCUGAAGUGGUCUGGGUGCCUAGAGUGGUCCUUUAAAGAUGAAACAAAUGUCAUUAACCCUCUCAGUUCGAAAAACAAUGUGACAUCUUUGCUAAGCCUAAUGGCAGGCUGUGCUAAUGCGUACCUCUCUCAGAGUUCUUACAUACAGAUGGUGAAAGCUAAUAAACCAAUUUAACACGGAAACCAUAAAUCUAUUAUAUAAACCUGGAAGUGCUCUAAUUGCGAAAGGCUAAUUUCCCUACCAAUCAGCAGCGAUCUCCAAUGCUCUGGGGUCGAAUGCAAGCUCUCACAGCUGUACUCCCUAAUAGUCUUUUUACUUCAAUGAUAACAAAGAGCAAAACCCUCUAUGAAAUCAGCAUUCUAUGAUGUCAGCACAUAUUUCUACAAUAUGAUGAUGUCACAAAGUGACCUCAGGCAAUCUGGAUAGAAUUCUGCAACUUAAAGACAAUACUAGAUUGGACUAUGAUUAUAUGGCCACAUCAUAUAGGUUUGGGUUAAGAGGUGUGAUAAGUUCUGGUGCUAGGUUCUGGACCCAGGUCUGUAAGAGUAUAUUUAGAGGUUAAAGGAACACUAUAGAGUUAAGAAAACAAACCUGUAUCCCUAAUGCUAUAGUGUCCCUCUCUUUAAUUAGAUACAGGCAAAUAAAAUAAAUACUAAAAAUUUAUUAUAUAUCAGGACUCAAAAUGUCCAAUCUCAACUAGCCAUUGGCAAGUAGAAAUUCAUCCUUUCCUACAGAGGCUCCUUUCGUGUAGCCCUGGACAAGGAAACCCCUCUAUUGGCUAUCUGAGUGACUGCCACUUGUAGUGUUGCUAGGCAGCAAUGUAAACACUGCCUUUUCUAAGAAAAGGCAGUGUUUACAGUUCUCAGCCUGCAGGGGCAGGCUAUAGACACCAGAAGCACUACAUCAAAGGACCACUAUAGUGCCAGGAAAACAAACUAGUUUUCCUGGCACUAUAGGGUCUUUAGGGGAGGAAGGGGUUAAGCACUUAACUUUCUCCUGCGCCAGGCUCCUUCGGCGGUGGGGAAAUCUCCCCCCUCUUCCGACGUCAGCGCUGAAUGCGCAUGCGCGGCAAGAACCACACGCACAUUAAAUUAGUCCAUAGGAGACAGCCACUAGAGGCUGGAUUAACCCUAAUGUAAACAUAGCAGUUUCUCUGAAACUGCUAUGUUUACAGCUGCAGGGUUAACCCUAGAUGGACAUGGCACCCAGACCACUUCAUUGAGCUGGAGUGGUCUGGGUGCCUAUAGUGGUCCUUUAAGUUUGUCUUAAUUCCAUGGAGAAUUCCAUGGACAUUUAAGGUUUGCAGUGGAGAGUAAGUUGUAAUGCCUUCCCAGUAGGGCAGGACUUGAGAUGUUUUAGCCCUGUAUAUAUUAUACAUAUACUGUACACACACAGACCCAGCACGCUUCAAAAUGUUUUUAUGGCUGAUCAUUAACAAGUGUCCUCUUUUUAUUUAAUACUGCAAUAAAUUAGCAGCUUUUUCUUCUUUUAUGAUUUUCAUUUGCUUCUAUCUCUGUACCUUAUAUUCAAUAAAGACAUAACGGGGAAAAAAAACAGGAAAAACUGUUGGAUGAGAAAAUCUUGUUCCCUCUGCUGCCAUUUCAGACAGCGGCAUACCGGACGUGAUAGCAUUAAGGCGAAUCUAUCACCCUCCUCCCCCCCAGCCAAAAGGAGUAUUUCAUAAGGAUAAAAUCUUUAUAACAUACUCACAUUGACUGUGUUGAAAUUGCACUAAAGUUCCAACAUGGUCAAAAGAUAUACAAAGACAAAGUAGGGACUACACUAUCUUUGUAUAUUUCUGAAGGUUGACAAAACUUGACAAAAGGUAUUGUCUGUGACGGGACCCUCCAUAGACCUCAGUGUUGUACCCUCGCACAUGUGUGAGAGUAAUGCACUGACAUCAGCUCCUGGGAGAUGAAGCGUCAGGAGGUGAAGAGAGCUGUCAGGAAGACGAUGGGGCGGUUGCGAGGGGCAGGUACAGAAAAGUAAAAGUCACCUUCCCCUGCACCACAAAGUCACCGGACACCCAGCAGAGCUGUCACUGUUGGGGAUCUUUGCAAAAUAUACAAAGACCCCAGACAGUGACAGAACCUCUUUAACUCUGUAGCAAAUGUGAGAUGAAUUGAGUUCUGCAGACAGCUGUGUGCACUGCAGCCCUGUUUGUUUAACUAGGAUUUGCACCACUCUAAUUUUAACUUCAAUGGGGCCCAUGGACCUCCCUCCAACAGCUGUUUUCUGAGUAUAUUUUUGUCUAAAAAACAAACAAAAAAACACUGAAAAUGUAUUUGGAUUAUUAUAUUCAAAAUUUUUUUUUUUUUUUAAAUGAAAAUAAUUUUUUAAAAAUCCCAGCUUAAGCAAGUUAGAUGAAGAUGCGGUUUAUCAUUAAAGGAACACUCGAAAAAAACAAAACACUUCAUCUUAAUGAUUUUGGUGCAUUGACUCCAUCAUUGCAGUUUGGCUGUUGUGGUUAUGGUACUCUGAAUUUUCCUUGAACGCUUGUUGACUUCAGCUAAUCAGAAUAUGGCUGGAAUUCAAAUCACGGUGAGUACUAGAAAACUCACCAAUGAGGAUAAUUUAACUGCUGCCCAUGUCUGUUGUAAAGGGUAUACUCUCUGGCACAAUGGAAGUUAAAAUGGUAUAUUUUAAUUUUUUGAACCCUUUUAAUUUAAAUAAACCGAAUUUCAUUUAAGUAAACAGUAAGACAUUAUUAUAAAAUAGUUGAAAGGUGUGACUUUAACCAAUGCACUUAGCAUGUGUCAAAUGUCUAGUCAAUAAAAAAAAAUCAAUCAAGAGGUAUUUGCUUUAGUAAUUAUCUGGUGCAGAAAAGCUAUGGUUGAUUGAUACCCUCCAUGUCCCAUCCCAACAAAGAAUCUAGGAAGCAAAUGAAUUGUACACAGACACGAAGAAGUAUUUAUCUAUUCAAAUAAUUCUUUGCCAUUGUCUACAGGGGAGUGGAGUGUGCAAUGUGAAGUCGAUUUGGAUGAGUAAUGAAUUGGUAUGUUCAUUCAAAGUAAGAAACUUGUUUUCAACUAAGAAAUAAUCUAUUAUUUGCAUACAACACCCGUACCGGUGGCGUAAGAAUGGAAGUCACAGAAAUUGCAACUGAGUCACUCUGAUUUAGGUAAUUCACCCCAUGACCUAUUCAUUCCCCUGAGACGUCACCAAUGUGAAAUGGAAUGCUUACUGGACAUCUGUUUGCCCCUUGCUCCAGUAUUGACUAGGUCAUUGCUUUUUUGGGAUGGCGAUGAUUAAUAUCUUAGUUCUCACCCUAACAUAUAUAUACAUUUCCUAACCCGUACAGGUUGCUGUAAUGUGUUUAACCUUAAGCUUAAUGUUUCUAAUAAUAAACUGUAACCACGUGUGCUACCCUAAACUUUAAUCUAAACUACUAGAUGAAUUUAUGAAUCCAACUCCUCUAACCCUAACUUCUACCCCUAGUUUCUCUAGCCAGGAAUCCAACCCUAAGUACUGUACUCUUUGACCCUAAAUUUAAAUGUUGCCCUAUUCAUUAGCCUAACUUGUACAACACAUGCAACCCUAAUCCAUACGAUAACUUUAAAUCUUCCGGUAAUUAACCUUUAUCACAAAGCCCCCAAACCCCAAGAAUAUGUUCAUAUGACAUGUAGGCAACAUUGGAAGUUAUGAAAUCAUGAUGGCAUCACCACUGACACUACCUGGGUCACUGGCAAUGCAUAUAAUGGGUAUGCCCACUCAGAAAAUGGGUGGUGACACUUAAGGGUUUUUUUGGCCCACCACUACAGGAUCUUGCAGAGAGGGCUGUUGAGGCACUGUCUGCCGGGCCCUAGUGUCCGUGCACAGAGCUUGCACCUCGGAUUCUCAAGGACAGUCUCUUGGUUUUCCCCAGAAGAGGAAACUACAGGGAACCAAAUAAGGACUGUCCUGCUGAAGUCGGGACUGUUGGGGAGCCUAAGAUCAUCUAAACCACAAAUCCAUACAAUAGUGAGAUAGACAAGACGAAUAGCACUUUGCAUCCUAACAUAUUUCAAUGCGCUUUUUUAACUAAAUCUGGAAUUUCGGAGAGACUACAAGGAAAUUAGAUUCAUUUUUUUUUUGCCAAAAAAAGCAAAACUAGAAGAAAACAAAAUCCUCAACUUCUGAUAUUUUUCGUGCUCAUCUGUUUUUACUUAGAUCUUGGGAUUCUCCUCUUAACCAUCGACAUAACAAAAACCCUGCGUAAAAAAAAUUGAUUUACAACAGAAAUCCAUCAGAAAGCUGGGAGUGGCUAUAAAUUUAUCCCAAUUAGAUGCUAUCCGGUGUGCAGAAGUAAAUAUUCCUCAGAGUGCGCUGCUUGCAUCUGAAAAGCUUUUAAGAGCAGUGUUGGUAAGGAAGUGAGAGGCUAUCUGGCUUGGGAAACAUUUUAUCGUCAGUGAAUCGGCAUGAGUACCUUCGUAGAACCCUGCAGGUAUGCAUUAUGCCAAGGAUCAGAUACUAGGAUUUAACUCGUAUAGUGCUCGCUGGGUCUGGAAUACUAUGUAUCACAAUGUAAUAUUUUCAUUAAACAGGGAAUUGUGGUGAGAUGUCAAAUCCCUGGCAUGUGUGCUGGCCCCCGGCACACAGCCUUUUUCCCCCCACUCAAACAUAUUUAUUGCCUGUAAGGCAUAGUAUUGUGAUACAGAGAUUGUAGACAGAGCCUCACACAAAAAAAAGAUAAAGCACUUUAGCUUGUUGAAGUGGCUUAUGCGUGAAGAGUGUGCCCUAUUUUUCCAUUUAACAAAAAGUGCUGAUGUCAAUAGAAAGUGGUACUUUUAAAAAAUGUACCUUGUUACACCCCCCGUGGCUGUCAAGCAGACAACUGGUCGUGCAGACAAAAGAUCUGUUUCUUGAUUUACUCCCAAUGAGAAAAUAAAAUCCAUAAUUAAAUACUUGUAAGCUUUCAUUAUGGGGAAUAUCUACUAAACAGUAAUACUUAAUGAUUAAUUUCUUUGGGGGCUUUGGAGUCUUCCUUUAAGACAAUCUGGAAUUAUUCCUAGAGCGAUCCGAGCAAUACGUAUUAGUACUACGCAUUUACUAACGUCAAGUGGCUGGUUUAUUACAAAUAUUUUAUGUUUAAUUACACAUGAGAAAACGAGAAUAAUAUAAUUAAUUACGGAGGCCCUAGGCAUGAUUCGGUAGACUGAACUACAUAUAAUUGCAUUAUAACACCCCACAGAGAAGUGCAGCUUACAAGUGACAUACAUAGAAAGGUACAGUGAGUUCAGGAAAGCAAUCAUGUUGGGGAUAGUCUGGGCACUGCCCCUGGAUUUUUGUUAUAAAUAUUUUAAGAGCGGUUUGACCCCCAAAAAAAAUGGGGGGGGGGGAGAGCAUCACAGUCCACCUCCUCUCAAGUCAAAAUUACACUCCUGCAUUAUCAGUAUUGAUUGCAUCCAACCUAGACUGUGAAAUUGAUAAUGUAGGUGUGUAAAUCCAGAUUGACAAAAAAAAAAAAACAUGCACAACAAAACAAAACAACAACACAGGAGAUCACACCAAUAGACCAUUGGUGGCAAGAAAUUGAGAGCUGCACAAUGUUUCUGGUUGGUGUGAUUGCGCCCCCUCUCUGUGUGCUCAGGUAGCACAGCCCUAAGGCUGGCCUUUGGUUAUUGUCUACACAUACGGCUUGAGGACUGCGCGUUGAUAUUUAGCAGCUAUCCUGCUUUAACUCUUAAAUAGUCUUACAGUCAGCGUGCACCUUUUCGGAGGAAAACAGGCAGUAUAAACAUCGUAAUGUUACCUCUUUAUAUCUUUUGAAUAAUUUAGCUUUCUGAACAGACCAUUAGCCACAUGUUGUGCUGUUUCUCACCACAGGGGAGAGAUGGUGAUUAGCGCCAACAACUGUAAGUGCUCGAAUUCCUGGAAGAGAGAAAAAUAUUACUCUUUGUUCUCAAAUUAUGUUAUUUGGUUUUAACCCUUUCGGGUCUGAGAAGCAUUGCCAGGAGGGCCAUUAUAUAACGGGAUUUACCUAAAUCCUUGUCAUGGAUGGUCUAUAUGGAAUGUGUUCAAUUAGUUUUUAAAAGUACCAGCUUAAAGCAGCCAUCAGCACUUUGUCUUUGGACAGAAAUAAUUUAAGUAUGAUCUGUCAACUUGGGCUUUACGGACUACUGAGUAUACAUAUUGCUACUUUGCCCACCACUACCAAAAAGACAUCGCUUGGUGCCAUUUUAUUGGAAACUUAAGAUGCGAACCAUGGGAGCCUUGAGGAGGGUUUUGAGGGUGCUCUACACACAAGCACCUUUUCAAAAUGACUGCAGAAACUACAAAGGUAUGCUUGUAGGGCAAAGUUUAAACCCUUAAGGACACAGCUUGAGAAGUAAUAGGCCAGCAUGAUAGAACAUUUCCAUCAUGUGUUCUUAUGAAGUUAAAGAGACAGUGUUAACCAAAGGGACUCACUGUGCUUUAGUUGGUGCCUAUAGUCCUUGGAUGAUAUUCCCCAGUUUGACAUAAAACUGUGGAAAGCCUUCUCGAAACCUCCCUGACCCCUAUCCACAGUUCUAACAAAACACACUAUAGUCAUAUCAAUGUGUGAAUAUUGCCUAACAUAGAAUUAUGUGAUGUGCUUUUAUUUGAUCGAAGUGUCAUUUAGGUAAAAUUAUAUCAUUAAACAUUUCUGAUCAUUGUAUGUUGAAGAAAACUAUCUAUGUGUUUUAACGUUAGACACUCUCCCCCACAAACCUGUAUUUGUCCUAAAGAUUCACUUUAAAGUAACCUUUGUGUUUUGAAUGCAUUCACAUAAGGAUUGUCUUUCUUUUUCUUUGCUCAAGGCACUAGACUUGGACCCCAAAAAUAAAAUGAUGGCGACUUCAAUGGAGCCCAUUGCCGUCAGUGAGCAAAGCAGCGAGGAAAGUUCUACUUCACAUUCCAAAGACCUGGUUACAAGUCGAACAGAAAGCACUCUGUAUAGUAGCUCAAGAAGUGAGUCCCUUUGGAACACAGCCCACCGAAGUGCCUGGGACACCUACCAGAAGCCCAUUGUCAUCAUGUCUAUUGGGGGAUCUGUGUUCCUGUUGGGAAUAAUAUUGACCACUAUGUAUUUUAUGAGUUCCAAUGCUCCUGUGUCUAAGAACCUUGGACCUGUGGCAUUCUCCAUUGGACUAAUGGUUCUGAUUGUUGGGUUGGUUUGGGUGCCAAUCAUCAGGAAGAAACGAAAACAGAGGUCAUCUUCCAGGCUCUUCAACCAUCAACGACAGCUGUUCAGCUUUCAUUUUUGAAUAUUUCGGAUAACAGAUGCAACUGGUAGGAGUAGGACCCUGGUCCUAUCGCAUCCGCAUUUUGUUUUGAUGGAUUUACUAAGGACUUGGAUUGAGCAGUUUGGCAUUAAGAUUACGUGACUUAAAUUGUAGAUUUAAUAAUCCCAGUGGAUUUUCACACUUUAGGAUGAACUCAUGCGGAAUUCAGAGUGCAGAAAACUGAACAUUCGGCUUAUAUUAAAAAAUAAACUGGCAUGACAAAUUUGUUCCAAACUUCUUCUAGGCAGCCAAGCUUGUACAUGGAAAAUAAUUAUUUCCUUAUUAACCAUUUACUUGUGUGAUGGUUGAGAGAUGUUCUGCUAAGCAAUGCACUUCUUUGUUCUUUGGCACAAUGUAGAUUUAUAUGAGAUGAUCCA